UUUAGCUCACAUGAGCUGCAGUCAUGUGACUGUCUCACAUGGUGGCAGCAAUAAAAGAAAGAGGCGGACCGUUUCACAAUCACAGGUUGUUGACGGACAGUCACUGACCAGAGGAACCUGCAGCUAAACAUUCAUCAAGUUCACACCAACAGCAGGCAAAAUGUGGCGUGCAGCCUUCCUGUUACUAGCUGCCAGCUUGUCGGUGAGCCUGGCCAGACCUCGUCUCCAACCACUGUCCAGUGAGAUGAUCAACUACAUCAAUAAGUUGAACACUACCUGGAAGGCUGGUCACAACUUCCAUAAUGUCGACUACAGUUAUGUCCGGAGACUCUGCGGUACGAUGCUGAAGGGACCUAAACUGCCUGUAAUGGUUCAGUAUGCUGGAGGCAUGAAGCUGCCUGAAGGGUUCGACUCCCGAGAGCAGUGGCCCAACUGUCCCACUCUGAAGGAGAUCAGAGACCAGGGCUCUUGUGGAUCCUGCUGGGCAUUCGGCGCUGCAGAGGCCAUCUCCGACCGUGUGUGUAUCCACAGCAAUGCCAAGGUCAGCGUGGAGAUCUCCUCAGAGGAUCUGCUGACCUGCUGCGACAGCUGUGGCAUGGGAUGUAAUGGUGGCUACCCUUCAGCUGCUUGGGACUUCUGGACCAAAGAGGGUCUGGUCUCUGGAGGCCUCUAUGACUCCCAUGUUGGUUGUCGUCCCUACACCAUCCCCCCCUGUGAGCACCAUGUGAAUGGCAGCAGACCCCCCUGCACUGGGGAGGGUGGAGACACACCCCAGUGCCUCAACCAGUGUGUAGCUGGAUACACACCCAGCUACAAAGAGGAUAAGCAUUAUGGUAAAACUUCAUACACUGUGCUGUCUGAAGUGGAGCAGAUUCAGUAUGAGAUAUACAAGAAUGGUCCGGUAGAGGGUGCCUUUACCGUCUAUGAAGACUUUGUGCAGUAUAAGUCUGGUGUGUAUCAGCAUGUGUCUGGGUCUGCUGUGGGUGGCCAUGCCAUCAAGAUCCUGGGCUGGGGGAAGGAGGGUGGUGUUCCCUACUGGCUCUGUGCCAACUCCUGGAACACUGACUGGGGUGAUAACGGAUUCUUUAAAUUCCUGCGUGGAUCGGAUCACUGUGGUAUCGAGUCUGAGAUUGUGGCAGGAAUUCCCAAAUAAAACCUUUUUUUUUAAGGUUUUGAGCUGCAGUGUCCAUUACAUAAUCACUAGAGGGCGACACACUCCACAUGCGUACCCUGGAGCUCUGACCACGUUCAACUGCUUUCAGUCCUGAUAGUUCACUUCGCUUCAUGUAGGUGGAUUAGCAGAUGGAGUAUGGCAUCAACUAUGUGCCUGAGCACAAAUCAUCAUUGUUGAAUUGUUUUUUGUUGUGUUUUUUUUAUUUUUUAUGAAUUAGCUUCUGGGAGGCCUUCUUUGACCUCUCUUUUUAAAAGGAGUAAAAUGUGUGAAUUUAAUUUUAUCUCUGGUGAUUUGAAGCAGACUGUCACUGUUGUAGAAUUAGACUUACCCCCCCCUUUUUAUUUCUUUCUGCACUGGUAGAAAGUGUCCGCCAUCUUAGAGCAGUACAGCUCCUGAUGGAAAGAAAUUGUCAAAUUAUGCCUAAUGUUGCAGAGAUGGUCAGUGUGUUUUGUUUUUUAAUAGUCACAGCUCUCAAAUUGAUGUUUUUAUCAAACAUUAUGUUUCAGUGCCACAAAUGCCACUCCAUAGAUGUACUAAUUGUAAUUGGUGCCUGUUAGUGUUUUUAAACUUCAGAUUAUAAUGAGAAAUUGAGAAACUUUUUUUUUUUUAAAUAUGGUGGAAAUGGAAUGUUUUUAUUAUCUGCCUGUAUUGAUCAGACUAUUGGCUCAUAAAGGGUUUGUGUUCUGAAUGAAAUAAAACUAUUUGAUUCCCAA